AUGAGCGUUUGUAGGAGGUUGGGUCAAACUCUUGUCUUCAUUCGGAAUAGGACGGACAUUGUGUAUAAUGAUGUCCUUAGGUUAAGCCUUAAAGCGGGAAGUGGGGGUAAUGGUCUUGCGAGAUACAACGGAAUCGGUGGAGCUGGGGGAAAUAUCUACGUUAUGCCGGAGAGAAAUCUUGAUUUUGCAAAGGUUUAUGAGAAAUACAGGCACAAAGGUUGGGUUAUAAAAGCUGAGAGCGGGAAGAACGCGCAAAAAGUGAAACUUGUUGGAGAGCCCGGUGAACAUACGGUAAGUUCAUACUACAGACAAGCUAUUUACUUUCAGAUUAUUAAAGUGCCAGUUGGAGUAGAAUGUGUGGACAUUGAUACGAAGUUACUAUUGGCCAGAUGUGUGGUUCCAGGAGUAAAGUGUUUGAUGGCAAAAGGUGGAAGAGGCGGCUCAGUGGCAAACAAUUUCAAGUAAGUCUGCGUUGUCGUACAAUUAGUGUUUAGAGGUGAGCAAGGACAACACAUACGAUUAGCUAUCCACUUAAAGUUGAACACAAAUAUUGGUCUUGUUGGUCUUCCGAAUGCUGGAAAGUCCACACUUUUGAAGGCAUUCGUCCCAAAAUCUUCAGUGAAGAUUGCCAAUUAUCCAUUCACCACCAUAAAGCCACAAGUUUUGGACGUAGAGUACGAAACAGACGCCUCGGAAGACAAGUUCUCGUUGAGUGUUGCUGAUCUUCCUGGAAUUAUUGAAGGUGCAUCAAGGAACAGAGGUCGAGGGUAUGCGUUUCUGAAGCAUCUAGAGUACAGUGAGAUUAUUGUUAUGGUCGUUGAUUUAAAUGGAUUCCAGUUAUCGGCACACUUUGAAGAACCCUACAGGUAUGUUAAGUUUUAAUGAUGACUCUUUUUAGGGAUGUCUAUCAGUCGAUUGCAAUUUUGUGUAAAGAAAUGGAGGCUUAUGAUCCGAAACUAAUAAGGAAACCUUUAGUUAUCGCGUUGAAUAAAAAGGAUAUGGUUGGAGAAGAAGUAUGUGGCAGUGUAUUUACUGACAAUACUUUUAGAAAACCCAAGAAGUUCUGGGCAAAUUGUCUAAUCGAGGAUGGUGGAAGGAAAUUCCCGAAGCAUUACGCCCGAUAGCUCAAGUCAAGUUCCGGAAGAUCUUUGCGAUCAGUGCCAAACAUCGACAAGUGGAUGAAUUGAAGGAUUAUCUACGGGGAAUCCAUGAGAAUUUAAACGCACCAAGUCCAAUGAGCUUUAAAAGCCAUGAACAAGAUGGAGGCGAGGUUAUGAUAUAA